UGGAUGGACCUACAAUAAAGAAAUUUCACGCUAUAAAGAACACAAAAUCAGGACAAAAGAUGAGAUGAAUCAUGAAGAAAUCAGUUAAAGAUACAUCUUUUCUUUUUCUUCUUCUUCUUCUUCUGGCAUUCUUACUGUCCAUUACUGCAAAUGAUAUCCUAAACACAACUCACAUACUCAGAGAUGGUGACACUCUAGUUUCAUCAGAGGGGACAUUUGCACUGGGAUUUUUCAGCCCUGGUAACUCCGAUAAUCGAUAUGUGGGAAUUUGGUAUAACAAGAUACCUGUUUUUACUGUAGUUUGGGUUGCCAACAGAGAAAUUCCAUUAAAGAAUACAUCAGGAGUGUUGAAAGUCAUCGAGCCAGGACUUCUGGUUCUUUUCGACAAUACUGGUAACAUCAUAUGGUCGACUAAAGCGUCAAGGUCAAGUCAGAUUCCAGUAGCCCAGUUGUUGGAUUCUGGAAAUCUCGUCGUUAAAGACUCAGACGAUGACAGGCCGGAGAAUUAUCUGUGGCAGAGUUUUGAGUAUCCAACUGAUACAUAUUUACCAGGUAUGAAGUUUGGCUGGAACUUUGUGACUGGCAGAGAGACUAAUUUCUCAUCAUGGAAGACGGACGAAAAUCCGGCUCCAGGAGACUACGAAUUUCGGGUGGACCCUAAUGGAUAUCCACAGUUAUUGAUCAUAAGAAAAGGUACAAUUGUGCAGCAUAGAGUUGGACCAUGGAACGGUGUUCGCUUCAGUGGAACACCAAAUCCCGGACCAGAUCCCUCAUACAGGUUCGGAUUAUUCAUGAACAAGAACGAAGUGUACUUUUGGGAAAACCCCAUUAGUAGAUCCCUUAUUUCAAGGUACAGAUUGAGUCCAAAUGGACUUGGACAGCGCUGGACGUGGGUUGAUAAAAAUCAAGACUGGAUAAGUUAUUCUUCCAUACCACUAGAUAACUGCGAUACUUAUAAAUUGUGCGGUGCUUAUGGUAGUUGCGAUGUUGGAAAUUCUCCUGUAUGUGGAUGUCUCAGUAGAUUUGUGCCUAGAGAUCCAGAAGAUUGGUCGAAGGGGUGCAUUAGAAGAGAUCCCUUGAACUGCCAAAAGGGUGAUAUAUUUUUGAAGUAUUCUGGUAUAAAAAUGCCUGACACACGAAAAUCUUGGUUUAACAAGAGUAUGACGCUUGAAGAAUGCAAGUUAGCGUGCUUGAGGAAUUGCUCUUGUACAGCUUAUACAAACUUAGAUAUAAGAAGAGGAGGAAGUGGAUGCUUGCUUUGGUUUGGAGACUUGAUCGACAUCAGACGUCUCUAUGUAGAAGACCAAGUUAUUUAUAUUAGAAUGGCUGCUUCUGAGUUGGACGGAGAAGAAAGGAGAGGAGUAAUACUUAUAUGGAGUUUGUCAGCAUCAAUGGGAAUAAUAGUUCUGCUUGGCCUGAGCUGGAUUCUACACAUUCGAAAGACGAAAAAGAAAAAGCGGAAGCUAAAAAAUGGAGAAAGGUAUAUCGAACUUCACAAUGAGGAGUUGGAGCUGCCCUCAUUUGACUUCUCGACAAUAUCCAAAGCUACCAACAACUUUGCAAUCGACAACAAGCUUGGAGAGGGUGGAUUUGGACCUGUUUAUAAGGGCAUACUGGAAGAUGGACAAGAAGUUGCUGUAAAACGGUUAUCAAAAACUUCCGAGCAAGGAAUUGAUGAAUUCAAGAAUGAGGUGGUAUGCAUUUCCAAACUGCAGCAUCGAAAUCUUGUGAAGCUUCUUGGAUGCUGCAUUGAAAAAGAGAAAAAGAUGUUGGUUUAUGAAUACAUGCCCAACAAAAGCCUGGACUUCAUUCUAUUUGAUGAAACAAAAAGUAGGUUACUUGAUUGGCCCAAGCGCUUCAAUAUUAUCAAUGGCAUUGCCAGGGGUCUAAUGUAUCUUCAUCAAGAUUCUCGGAUGAGAAUUAUCCAUAGAGACCUCAAAGCAAGCAACAUAUUGCUAGAUGCUGACAUGAACCCGAGGAUAUCAGAUUUUGGUAUGGCUAGAAGUUUUGGAGGAGAUGAGACUGGAGCCAAGACUCGCCGGAUUGUGGGAACAUAUGGCUACAUGUCACCAGAAUAUGUAUUGGGCGGCGCGUUCUCGAUAAAAUCAGAUGUAUACAGUUUCGGUGUAUUAGUGUUAGAAAUUGUCAGUGGAAAGAGGAAUUGGGGAUUUUCUCAUAGUGAUCACCACCUCAACCUUCUUGGACAUGCAUGGAUACUUCACAAAGAAGGAAGGUCACUAGAACUAGCUGAUACUUCUCAAGCUAAUCCACAUUACUUAAAAGAAGUGCUACGGUCAAUCCAUGUUGGUCUGUUAUGCGUGCAACAAUAUCCGGGAGAUAGGCCUAGCAUGUCUACAGCAAUUUUCAUGUUGGAAAAAGAAGUUGUGCUCCCGAACCCUAAACGGCCUGGUUUUUUCACAGAAAGAGAUUUAGUUAUUGCUGAGAGUUCAACCAGCACAAAUGCAGCCAACUCAUUAAACGAAGUGACAAUUACGCUGCUUGAUGCCAGAUAGAAAUUGAGCUAUAUUACAUUAUUUCUCGAUCUUUGUUUCUUGCAUUUCACAUGUUCUUUUGCUGUACAUUUUUACAGUCUCUGCAAAUAGUUCUGUACAUCAUAGUUGUGUCUGUUGGUUUCAGAAUUCUGGAAUCAGUUUUGUAGUGUCAAUGUUUCCAAGUCGACUAUUAGGCAGUACAAGUCUGAUGAUGAUGCAAGCGGGCGGGGCAAAGACAGGGCGUGACCCUAGGCAUCCGAGGCAUAUUGACACCUACUUAAGAGGAGCUUCGACACAGUUCAACUCAAAAGUUCAAAUAUCCAUAGAGUUAAAUAAAUGCCUAUUAGCCUAUACACAAUUACAGUUGAUAUUUUCAUUGAAGUUAAGCUGAAGAGAUAUAUUUUUUUAGCACCAUUGAUGUUAAAACAUUAGUUUAAGUGGCGCUAAUGUUGCAUUAAAUGAGAGGUACAUUUAAAUGAAUUACUUAAUUCUACC